GGUAGUGAAUGUCCUCUUUUCUCUUCUUUUCCCUCUCUUGUUUAUGCCAAGGUCAAAGUAAGCUGAGACAAAGGCUGUGGUGGUGUUGAUGGCGAGGCUCACUGUCGAAUACGCCGGACUCGACAAUUCAACACACAGAUGACGAGUGCCGACUCUCUCGCUUCAAGAGGAAGGUCAGCCUCUUUUAAAUAAAAUCCAAGCGUUUCAGCCACUUAGAGAUCUCUGAGAUCGUUUGCUGUUGUGCCUUUGCGUUUCGUGCAAAGUUUGCCGUUCUCGGAAAGUAAAGCUUAAAUAAGGGUCGGCCAAGUAAAAGCGCCUGUGUGAAUGCGGAGCGACCGUCCGUUGUUUUGCGCGCACAAUGUACGAGUCCGUUCAAAGGCUAAAACAAGCGCAAAUGCCAGGCGAGACAGCGAGGCUUGCUCAGCUAAAAUGGUUUUUUUUUCCUCCUUUGUAUGAAAACGAAAGCGAGAAGAGAAAGAAAAUGGCUCCCCCGAAAGCAAAAAAGAAGAAAUUCUGCUCUUGUCCCCUGGCCGCUUAUAGAUGGAAACAGCGCCUCCUGUUGUUGGUUCCUGCGUUCCUUGUUCACUUUGUAGUCGCCGUUGCACCGGAUGCGAGACAAUCAAUGGCAGUUGCAGGCUCUAUAAGCAGGUCCUAGCUUCCCUUUUUAAAUGACGCUCUGGUUGGCAGGAUCCUUCCGGCGAAGUAUUAAUAUUUCCUUUCUGGGCAAUGGGCAGGGCGCAGGAUGGAGGACAAGGCUGAGAUCCGUGGUCAUGUGCUGACUGGUGUUUCUUCCUUUGGACGGUCGGUGUAAUAAUAAUACUGAUCAAGGUAGCACAGUAGAGGAAUGGGAUGGCUCGACUCGACUCGACUCGCUCUGCAAGAGGCGGGAGCAGGCAACAGAGG